AUUAUUAUAUGCUUCCUGAUAAUGGCUAUUCGAAACUCCUUUUUAAAGAUGGAUUCACACGUCUAACACACUCGAAUAUCAAACCUGAUUUAUACCAAUGUCCUUAACAUCGUCAGAGUGUGAUAUCCCCCUUUGAACAAUCCACUACUAUCCUGCUCUAAAGUCAAGUCACUAAACUUUGUUGCCACAAAGUCGCGGUGGGCUCAUUGCACGAAUGAUAUUUCGUCCUACAUCUCAUUCAAGGCUUCGGCUCCUGUUCAAUUUGGCCGGCAAUGGCGUCGUAGUUGGGCUCAUAGGCUGGAAACGCUCGUUGCUGGGGUUGGAUACCGACUAUCUAGAUGAGUGUACACAAGACCGAUGCAAAUGCCUAUAAAUACUUAAAUGGCUUUUGGAACUCCAUUCAGCUAGAAGGAAUGGCAGACAUUUAAUAUAAUGAUACAUAUUAGUAGUAGAGGGUGUCUGGGUACUUUACGUGUAUGUGACAUCAUGGAUAUCCCGGAGUUUGUGUACACCUUAGGUUUGCUUCAGACACCGAAAACUACUAACAUGGAUAUGUACGAUGAAUUCAUGGAUUAUGAAGCUCCUCUGAAGCGCCCGUAUAUAUAGUUGCCCAUCUUGCUGUCGACCGAGGCCACGGCGUCAUGGGAACACAUAUACGUAUUUAAACAGCCUCUCGAUAUAUUAGCAUAUAUACGGAAAAAAAAAGUCCAACGAGCAAGAGAUCCCCAAGAUGGGAAACAGGACGACCCUCUCGUCGUCGGUGAAGUCCUUCCUGGAGAGACAUCCAGACCUUCAUCUUGGCGGUAAUGAGGACUUUCACAUCGAGCGACGCCACCAUCUCGAUGUUUUCGGGUUCCACAACCUCCCCAAGGAUAAGCAAGCGCCAAUAGGACGUGUCCAUUUUGACGGCGUGCGCGGUCGUCAUGGCACAAUCCCGGUGCGUCUAUUCUAUCCGCGCAGUUCCACAUCCAUUAGUGACAAGGGGCUUCCUGCACUCAUUUACUUCCAUGGUGGAGGAUACACUGUUGGUAGUGUAGAUGAAUUCGAGAACGGUUUACGCCUGCUUGCCGAAGCUGCGGACAUGAUCACUAUCGGCGUCGAGUACCGCCUUGCGCCCGAAUGGCCAUUCCCAACUCAACUCGAUGAGUAUGAAGAUGUGCUAAUGUGGACGCGGGGCCCCGAAGGCGCACGAUUGGGUAUUGACCCCGAUCGUGUACUCGGCGGGGGUGAUUCGGCCGGUGGGAAUAUGACGGCGGCGCUGAGUCUGCGGCUGAAGGACGAGGGGAAAUUGAAGCCUUUAAAGGCCCAGAUUUUGUUAUAUCCCGAAGCACGACUCCCGUUCGAUACUCCCGCAGCGUCGGAGAAUAAUUCGGGGUAUUAUUUGGAAUGCAAUGGCAUUUUCAGCUUCGCGGACCACUAUCUACCCCGCGCGCCAAAUAAACCGUAUCCCCCAGCGUAUCGUUACGUUUCGCCGGGUAUGCAGCCCGUAGAAAAGUUGUCGGGCUACCUCCUGCUGCGGUAUUCACGUGCGGGUUCGAUUCGUUGAGGGAAGUGGGCGUCGAGUAUGCUUCGAAGUUGUAGGAUGCUGGGAAUCGUGUCGCGUGGCGUCAUUAUCCGGCGCUAACACAUGGGUUUUUGCAAAUGGCGCCGUGGAGUAGGGACGCGGAGGAAGCGACCAGGGACGUAGCGAGGUUGAUGAAGGAAUUGGAUUAGGUACUCAUUAACCAAUACCUUUCUCGUCUCAAAUUCAAGCUGAAAAAUUGGAUCUAAAUUGUGCUUGAAAUGUAUAGUUUAGAUAUAACGAAACAUGUUAUUUCGCACGCUUCGCUUCAUCG